AAACAUUACUGCGACUAUUGUGAUGUCUUUCUGACUCACGAUUCUGCUUCUGUACGAAAAGCCCAUAACAGCGGAAGAAAUCAUCUUUCAAACGUCAGAGAUUAUUAUGCAUCUGCCGCUGGGUCACGAUAAAGCCCAGAGCAUCAUUGACCAGAUUACAUCGGCGUAUGAGACGGGUGGUGGCCCGCCUCCAGGACGGUUCGGCUUUGGACCUCAACAUUUAGGCGGCUCACCUUCCGGAUACGGUGGCCCGCCCAUGGGUUUUGAUGGACUCAUGCCCCCACCAGGGUUCGGUGGACAUAUGUCUGACUGCCUUUCGUACCCCAACCUCCCUCUCACUAUUUCUUUUCUACCAAGCGCGACCUCCCUUCCCCCCUGGGCCAGGAUUUUCUCCGAUGAUGCCUCCAGGCGCUCCUCCUUUCCCUCCAAAUGGCAUGGGACCGCCAGGGGGGUUCCCGAACGGUCCCCCUCCCUUUUCUCCCGGCGGUGGACCUCCAGUUGGCAUUCCUCCAUUCCCGCCAGGUGGGCCGGGUGGCCUCCCUCCACUUGGUUUUAACGCCCUCACAAGGGGGCCCUUCUGACUCUGAUCCCAAUGGGCCUCCGGCUCAAGGUGUUCCUCCAACAAUUCAUCCUGACCGAUUGCGAAUGAUGGCGGGGGCCAGAUAAUUUG